CCCCGACAACAGAGCCGCCCCUUCAACUGACUACCCUCCCGAGUAUUCGACAACAAAACCCUUGCAGCUUUUCCAUAUACCAACCCUACACACUUGCAAUGGCAGCGCUCUACACCGGUGCACCUCCACAAGGCGGUCCAGGCUACUCAUUCAAGCAAACCCCCACAACUGUCCCCUCCGGCGAGCGGCAACAUGGUUUCUACCCGUACACGGACAACGGUGGUUCAACACUAGGCAUCUCGGGCGCCGACUUCACCAUCCUCGCAGGCGACACACGUUCCACCUCGGGCUACAACAUCAACACACGAUACGCACCCAAGCUAUUCAAGAUCGGUGGCGAAGGACCAGAAAACAAGGGUGCCAGGAUCGUACUGUCAGUUGUCGGCUUUGCUGCAGACGGUGAUGCGUUGAAGGAACGUCUCGAUACCAUUGUCAAGAUGUACAAGUACCAGCAUGGAAAGCCCAUGUCCGUCUCGGCAUGCGCACAACGACUCAGUCACAUUCUCUACAACAAGCGAUUCUUCCCUUACUACGUCCACGCUAUCUUGGGUGGUCUUGAUGAAGAGGGCAAGGGUGCGCUGUACUCGUACGACCCCGUCGGCAGCUACGAGAGGGAGCAGUGUAGGGCAGCUGGUGCGGCGGCAUCUCUUAUCAUGCCUUUCCUAGACAACCAGGUCAACUUCAAGAACAUGUACGAGCCCGGUAGCGGAACCGGUCACGAGCUCAAGUCGAAACAAGCACAGCCGCUGCCGCGGGAUCAUGUCGAGGAUCUGGUACGGGAUGCCUUUACCAGCGCAGUCGAGAGGCAUAUCGAGGUUGGUGAUGGACUGCAGAUGAUGAUCAUCACAAAGGAUGGCAUAGCCGAGACCUUUACACCGCUCAAGAGAGACUAAGAGAUUGCGAUGGGUAAAUUGCGGACGAGCAUCUUCACGAAUAUGAUGAUUUCAAGUGCCGAACAAGAUGUAUGAAUAACAUAACAAGGUGCUAAAUGAUAAUUGGGAACCGAGCCUUUCCAUGAUCAAUGAGAAGUUUACACACAUCUCA